UCACACAUCGCAAGCAUGACGGCGUGUUCACCCAUCCUCUUACAUCUUUCGCCUCGACUAAUUGGUGGCUCAAUACAUAACCCUCGAAUAUAGACAAAAUGAGUUUUGAGCCUAGCAACCUAGCCAUCUGCGAAACUUGCGGCACACAAUUCGACGUUCCGCUUGAGCAGCACCCGGAGACAUGUCGGAUCUGCGACGACCCCCGCCAAUAUGUUCCUGCAACAGGCCAGUCCUGGACCUCACUCUCCGCCUGCCAACCCCUCCAAAAGAACACUUUCGAAACGGAUAAAGAGGAUUCUCGCAUUCACUACAUAACCACUGCGCCUCUCUCUCCAUCGGAACUUCCUCCCGGUCUUGCAGAUUCAAGUACUACUCGCAAGCAACUUGGUAUCGGGCAACGCGCCAUUCUACUGCAGACAUCACGUGGAAACAUUCUUUGGGACUGCGUCGCUUUUUUGAACCCUGCUACGGUUGAAUUCAUCAAAGAGAAAGGUGGAUUAAAAGCGAUUGUGAUCAGCCAUCCGCACUUCUACACAACACAUCUGGAAUGGGCGGGAGUGUUUGGGUGUCCGAUUUAUAUGUGUGGCGAUGAUGAGGCGUGGUUGAACCGAAAGGAUCAGAAUGGUGUGAGAAAGAUGGUGAAGGGCGUCACCGAGAUUGAAGAAAUUGGAAGCGAGGCCAAGAUGAUCCAAUGCGGAGGGCAUUUUGAGGGUAGUUCGGUAUUGUGGUGGGAUCGGAAGCUUUUCAUCGCUGACACGUUUAUGAGUGUACCUUCUGGUUUCAACAACGCGCACCGCGUCCCGGAUACGACAUCGUACUCGUUCAUGUGGGCGUAUCCUAACAUGAUUCCACUAACGCCCAAGGCUAUCCAUGGAAUUUGGAAGGCGAUCAAGCCUUUUGAAUUCAACAGUACGUAUGGAGGGUUUCCAGGGCAGAACCUGAAGAGAUCGGAUCUGAAGAAGCAGGUGUUGGAGAGCAUGAAGAUUUUCCUGCGGAGAAGUGGACAUGAGAAGGCGGGUAUAUAUGAGGAGAAUGUUUGAACAGGAACCGGAGGGGUCUGGUGUACGGCAGUGGAGAAGGUCGGUGGACUGGACACGC